UUAUCAUUUGUAUCAAUGACUAUAAAAAUAUUGUAAUAACUGAUCCCCAGAAACAAUAUUUUCAAGAUGGCCGACCUUCAAGAGCGAAAACUUAAAGAUGCACAAAUGAGAGCAACCAUCAAUCAAAAACUUAUUGAAACUGGAGAGAGGGAAAGAUUAAAAGAACUUUUACGGGCAAGACUUAUUGAGUGUGGAUGGAGAGAUCAGCUCAAAGCUUAUUGCAAAGAUAUUGUCCAGCAGAAAGGCUUGGAACACAUCACAGUUGAUGACUUGGUCAGUGAAAUAACACCACGAGGAAGAUCUUUAGUGCCAGAUGAAGUUAAAAAGGAAUUGUUACAGAGGAUUCGGACAUUCCUCUCUCAGCAGUCAAAUAUUUGAUACACUAGUGGAAAUGGUUGUUUUCAUAUUUUGUUAAUUUGAAUACAAUACUGUAAGACUUCCAUGUAUAGUAUUAUCACUAACUCAAUCUUUUUGUCAUAGUAUAUACAGCAAGUAUUAAUUGGUUCCUAUCUUAUGGGAGCAGGUGUACAAAUGCUCUUGGGAUAAAAAAUUUAAGUUUAGCUUUUACAAACUGUUGUAGCUAUACAGGGCAUUGGUUAACAACUGCUUUUUUUUUUUAAAUUGGGUAUCAUUACUAUCAAGUGCUAUUUUGUAAACUAACAAAAUCACAGCAAAAAUAAUUUUACUAUUUGAUGCAAUACUUUCUUUAAUAAGUUUAGAAAUUUUGCAUGAUUAGUGUAUAUACUUAUUUUACAGCAUUAAGUUUUAUGUAAAUUCACAUUGAAUUUUAAAUCCCAAUGUAUUUCUUUUGAUGGUUUUUUUUCUUCAGGGAUGCUAUGUCAUGUUCCUUUUUUCCUCCAUUUUCAAAAUGUUGCUCAGGAAAAGUAAAAAUGAAUCUUUUGUCUAGAUUGUCAAAGUGGUUGCUGCAGUUCACAUGUCCUUCAUUUGAGAAUUGUGUUCAAUAUACCAAGAGACCAGUUUCAUGAAAUGUUACAUUUUGAACAAUAUUUUAUUCCUGUAUAACCAUCCCACUUUAAAUCAUCUUACAUUGUUUUGUUCAUUUGAAUCCUAGCUCAGCAACACAUUUGUAGAGAGUUGUUCGUAAAUGAAAAUACAUUUUAGGGGAUUUUUUUUUACUUACUCACACCCUCAGCAGUUUCUAAACUUUUAAUUAAACAGGUCAGUAUUAUUAUUUACAAAAAUUGUUAGAAUAAUAAAGUUAAUUACUUCUAAAUUUAGUUUAAAUUAUUUUCUAAAAUACUAGUCCAAACCCCCUAUACCCCAUCAUUUAUGGACAAAUUUUUACCAUUUGAAAUCUCAAUUGUUCAUUCAAAUUUUGCUCUUCAUUUCCUGUUAAGAUUUUGAUGAUUAAAGUAAACCCAUUUUAUUUUGUUGUAUAGUGUAGCAGUAAUUAUGGUGGUGGGUUUUUUUUUUUAAUUAGCUAGUAUCUUUAAUUAAAACUUUUAAUCUUAUUAACAUUACUAUAUAUAGACUGCUGUCUGUUCAAUUGGUGAUUUAUUUAGCCAAAAAAAAUUGUUUUCUGUUUUAUUGGGGUUUUGUUUUGUUUGGUAAUCGGUAAUCAGAAUGGUUAUUUCCUGUAAGGGAUUAAAUGAGCAAUUCUUUAUUGGGCUGCCAUAACAGACUUAGAGGACAAACCAAAUAGUAACUGCUGAUGUGUCAUUACACUGUGCAGUAUUGCUUAAUGUCAUUUACACCUGUCAUUAAUGUAUGCGAUAUUGCUUGAUGUCAUGUUUUAUAUCUGUUAGAGAAAUGACCCAUCGUGUACAUAAUCUUGUAAUAAUGUAUGUUAGGUUCUAUGUUAAAAAUAAACAGCAGGUACU